AAUUAAAAUUAGGAGAAGGUGGGGAAAAAGUGGUUGAAGUAGAGUAUGAUGAAGACAAAAAUGAAGUUAUUGAAACUUUUUCUCAUUUCAUGAUUAGGCUAGAGGCGGAAUUGAAAAUGGAAAUAAAUAAUCCGGUUGCCGAACAAGAGGGGAAGGGAAAGCCUCCAAUGUUAUCUAUUCUUUAUGAAACGGGAAUAAUUACAGCCGAAACUAAAAUGAAUAAAACUGGACGGAAAAUUGGGUAUUUAUUAAAAAAACUUGCUAAUGUGACUACAAGGAUUGGAACUUUUGGACUUGUAGGUGUAGGAACAGACGAAGAUGACGUUGUACCGGGACAAAAAUUAUCUUUUGCUGGUAUAACAGAAGGCAGUUAUGCUUCUGAGUUUUUAGCUCGUGACAGAAGAAGGUUCAAACAAGAAGCUUGA